CCUGCAUCGGCCCCGCCGGCGGGUCGGGCCCGGGGCGCCGUGCGGCAGCCAGGGCCGGGGAAGGGGGGAGCGGACCCUGGGCGAGGGGCAGCGUGCCUGGACCGGGGCACCGCCCCCUUCCGGAGGCACGCGGCUCGCUGGGUACCGGCUGGUACCGGCCCGGCGGCUCAGCCGCAGCAGAAUGCGGCCGGUGCCGCCCGCACUGCCGGGCUUCCAUCGGGGGCUGCCGUGCCGUGCCGUGCAGUGCCGUGCCGUUGCACGGUCCGUGGCAGGGGCCGGCGGUGUGGCGGCGCGGGCGCGGCCGGCAGCGGGGCAGGACGGGCUGCAGGGUGACCCUCAAAGCCCGCGGCGCACCGGGCGUGCGGAGCCAGCCUGCGCCUGCUCCUGCCGCGCCGAGGCGGCUCUGCGUCUUAGGCUCGUCUUGUGCAGCUUCACGCGUGUACACGGCAGCCUUUCAGGAGUUUGGAAAUAGCGGUUUGAGCUCAUUUACAAACGCUGCUUUCUGCACUUGAUGUCGCCUUAAAUGAACAUAGCUUUCUGUUUACUCCCUUGUUUAUGCCUGGAUGUAAUUUCAUCAGCGUGCUGCAGUCAAGCAUUCUGUGGCAGAUGAAGAAAGGAAGUAUGGAUCAGUGCAGAAGCUGUAAAUUUGCAACUGAACCCAAAGGGUGACACGGAAAACCUCAUCAUAGGCAGUGCGUUAAAGCUGUAGUCAUAUAGUGCUGUGCUGAAUAAAGUCUAAAGGCUGCUCAGUAUGCCUACAGGGGGUAUGUGCAUUUUUCCAUUGCAGAUAGGAAUGGGGAAGACUCCUCCAAUUUUGUGGCCCAGUCUCAAGCAUCCAGUAUGUGUGUGUCCGGUUUAUUAAUGAUUGUCUCCUGGGAUGGUAAGCCUACCCUGCUGAUCGUGUGUUAGCAGAAAUUCAUCAGAUGAUACAGUACUUCCCCAAGUAAUGCCCUGCUUUGCUUGGGUUCUGUUUCUUGUUUGGGUCUUUGCUCCAGCAUGUCCACAUUAGGGUGAAAACAACUUCCUAAGCCAGCACACAGGGACCGUGGCACAAAGGGCAGCUCUGACACCAAGGACUUGUCCAGCUGUCCAGGUGCUUGGAGCUGCAAGCUCACUCACUGCUGCCCUGUGGUUUGUGGCUCCCACAGUCACUCAGAUGGAGAGGCAGGACAGAUCCUUCUCAGGGGGAGCAGGCCCUCUGCUGGAUUUGUGGGAAGAGAAGCAGCUGGGAACAGCCUUUGCUGCCCGUGACAGGCAUGCAGCCCUCCCACCCAGGCGGGCUCUUUCCUCGGAGAGACAUUGCCAAAUGUUCCAGAGCAUCUGGGAGUCAGCCUUCAUGACUAGAGAGCAGAGACAGGCCUCCCUAGAACUGAAGGCUGAAUGUUGAUGGAAGUAGUUAGUGUUUCUUGCAAUUAAACAUUCUUAUUUUCUGUGUGUGUAUGUGAACAUACUUAUGUGUAUGUAUGUAUCUACACAUGCAUAUGUCUGCGUGUGUGUACAGGCAUAAUGCUAGAGCAAUCUGCUGGAAGCAGUACUGCGUCCUUCCGGUUUUCAGGUCUUGUCUGGACACUUCUAAACAGUGCUUGGGUUGCUGUAAAUAAUCUUGUUAGAAGUGGUUUUCUUUUAUCCCAUAUGCUCUAAUAUAUAAAAAUCUCAUUGAAUUUCUCAUGCAAUCAUUCAUAUUGAUUAUUCACUUAACAUAAAUCAUUGCAGCUCCUACACACUAUUAGUUUGUGUGGUGUGCAUAUAGGGCUUUCUCAGCUUCCUGACCCCUUUACAAAUAUAGUAAAGCACAUGGGAGCUUACUAGUGAAACUUGAAAAUGCUGAACUGUUUCAGUUAGGAAGCUAAUAUUUACUGUUUUCUCUGUUUCAAUUCUGUGAUCGUGUUUUACUUCUGCCAUAGGACUUUUAGCCAGUGUUUUAGCAUAGUUUAUGUAGGCUCCAAAAUCCUUUGUCAGCGAAUACAUUUAAAUAUUUUUUUUAUGUUACAGCUUCCAAAACUUACCAUAGAUGGUUUCUGUGAAAGAUAAUAUGCUAUAGUCACUAGCCUUUAUUAUGAUCUCUCAAAUAUUUUUUCUGAAUUUUAAUGAUCUAACUUUUUGCCUAGAUCUUUCAGUGAAAGGAUUCAUAUAUUCUUGCCUCAUAUUUGCUCUUCAUAAUUAAGAUGCAACCUAAAGAGUAGAUUAGGUUCCAAAUCUUGAACUACUUUGUGUGUGUGGUACAUCUGAGCAAUCUGUGUCCUUCUAUUUUUAUACUGUUUGCAUCAAUAGUGAUGGCUGCUGCUUCACUAUGUGCAUCAUCUUUAAACAUAAUUAGCUUUACAGUUGCCAUUCAAUGGCUUUUCAGCUCAUGUGCUGCAGAUCAGGGAACAGAGUGGACAGGGCAAUCAGGAUCAAGCAGCUGAAGAAAUGAAUAUAAUUUCAUUUCUGUAGUCUCCUUGUCAGGCCAUCUUCAGAAUCUUUUUUGGUUUACGAUUCUUUGCUUACAGGCUUGCGCUCUGAUUAAUAUUUUAUGCUAAUUUUCUCUUUCAAAAAAAAUGCUCAUUGUUAAUAUCCUGGCUGGAUGCUAUUAAUUAAUAUUCUGAGAAAUCUAGUUGUACUUUAGUCAUCUGCAUCCUUGGCAUUUGCUUACAUGUUGUGAUUGUAUUUUGUGAAUUGCUGAUGCAGUAUAGAGCUGUAGGCAACCAUAUUUGUUCCAAGGUGUGUCAUUUAGAAUGUGUGACUUAGGCUAAUCUUAUUUCCCUGAUUGCCACAUUUGUGGAGACAUUCAGAGCCUGUAGAAUUUGGCCUCAUGCUAAGGCUUGUAGAAGUUGCCAGUGGAAAAAUAUCAAUGUUUACCCAGUUCUUGUGCUCUCUCGAGGUGCUGCAGUCUCCCUCUCUAACAUACAUGUAUAUUUACAUAUAGAUAUAUGAUAAAAGAGUGGAAAUUAGAAAGCUUUAUGCCUAUGUGUAAAAACUUUUCAUUGUUAAACAAUCAAGAUAUGUUUCACUGCCUCUUUGGGUCAUUAACCUGUUCCUGUUUUUCUAAUCUCCUUUGUCUGGAUAGCUAUGUCCUGCUUUAUUUCUUUCACCCUGAUGAGUACAGGACUAGAGUACAAGAUCAGUAUCUGUACCUUACUGGUUUUAUUUUCUUGCAGCAUUGGACAGUAAGUGAGCAGAGGCAUUUUUCCUGCAGGUCACAUUCCUUUAGCUUUUUUGCAUUUUCCUCAGAGAUGCAAAUAUUUUCUGUGAUGUCCCCAGCAUAGCACUCUUGAUGAUGCUUCUCUUAGUAUUGUUUCUCUGAGCUGCUUCUGUGGCUGCAUACUGGCAGUAACUUUUAGUGUGGCUUUUUUUUUCCCUCAGAAUUGUUGCAUUGGAAUAAUUAUACUGCCCAUUUUAAUACCUAGAUAGUCCUGUGAUAAUUAAUACUGCUUGGACUGAGGAUAGUGAGGAGCUGGUAGAGGUUUCUGCUGCUGUACCCUGAAUACAGCUAGAGAAUGUGGUGUUCUCUCUGUGCAUAAAGAAGACUGUUUUAUGGGAGACAAAAAGUUACCAGAUCUCUGUGCCACACAGAAAUAAAAGCCUAGUCUUUGGUGAUACUGAUGUAGGAAGGAAACAAACCUCUGAUGAACAAAAGAAAAAAAAAGUGGUAGGGAUGAGGAGAUAAUAUUCUGAAUGAAAACUAGGAUAGGAUAAAUGAAACAAAAAUGGUAUCUCCACAGACAAGUUGUUUUUCUGUGGGGUGUCAGUUCCCUGCCUUCUCCUCCUGUAUCCCAUUCCUGUUUCUGUCAAGAUGUUGAGGUUAUACUUUUGCCUCCAGCUGAGGAGAACUGGGCAUGAUUCCAGUGUUAGCUGGAGUCAGGCUUUUUCCUUCUUCACGCCUCUCUCUGAAUUAAAGUGUACAUGCAUCCUUAAAGUCCUGCAUAAGGUGGAUAACCUUUAGGAUUAGUGUUGUUGCAAAGACCGCCUUAUUUAUUAGUGUAACUUAGUUGGUGUUUUCUGACUCACACACUGAAGGCAUGAAAUGUUACUGACAAACUUCCAUGGAAGACACGAAUUUAUUUAUAGUAAAGCGAGUUCUCUUACCAAAAGUAAAGCCUUACAUAUUUUGAACUGAAAGAACAUUGAACAUAUUCUCUCACUCCAAUGAUUAUUGACUAACUUGGUAAUUAUGGGAAUAUAAGUGAAUGAGAGAUUCUAUUAGGUUUUUUUUUCUUUUCUAUUUGUUUUUUUUUCUUUUCUUAUGAAUGUGGGGUUUUUUGUAUUGAGAAUUUUAGAAAAUCUGAAUCCUUAUGUGUGAUGGAAGAAGACGUUACUGUUUUAAAGCAGCUGCUUAGCAACACUGCUUGGCUGUUUCACAAUCAGCCAGCUCUUCCCACACACUGCAGUGAGAUGUACGUCAUUUCACGGUGACUUGCAUUCCUGCUUUUCUUUUGAGUUUGUCUUAGAUCUUAAAGAAAAUGAAAUAAUAAGAGCUGGAAAAAAGAACAGGAACUUUUGGUGUCUUAACUUUUUUAUAAUAGGAUGAUUAAUGCUUUAAUAUCCUUUUGCAAUAACCAUGUUCCAGAGGUUCCGGCUAAGAAAACCUGGGUGAAGCCCAAGAGCUAAUUCAAACCACUUGGGAAACCCCCCUGACAAUCCCCCUCAGCUGGGUCCCAGCAUUUGAUGUAGAGCUGGGGCAAAUUCCCACAUGAGCCUCCACUGCCCAGAUUUCUAAAAUUUUCAGUAGCAGAAAAGGUUGCAUUUGGUAAGAAUGAAUGCUGGUGGAGAUAACCAGUGAAUUGACCAAGCUGUCUGCAGCACCACAGGAAUCAGAGGAAGUAAAUACAGGAACCUGAAUCUUGAGUUUGAGAUUGAAGUCACCAAACCACUCUACCGACUGGCAACUACUGAAUGCUUUUGCUGUAUUUAGCGCUUAAAUGCAGAUUACAAAGCUGUCUCUCAGUCAGUGUGAGUGAAGCACAGAUAAGGUGAUAAGACCCUUUACACUUCUUGUGUUCUAUCAUGGGGUCUAAGAUUGAAAUAUUUUUUCAUCAUGGCUAAAUCUUACUGUUGUGAUACUAACUUCUAAAUUUUUUUCAGUUCUAAAUUUUUUUCUAAACUUCUAAAUUUUUUUCAGUUCAUGUAACAGUGUAAUAAAACACUCUACAAACCGUUUUCAAUCUAUGCAUUUCCUGAGAAAAUAUUAAGCUAAGAUUUCAAGGUGAUAUACUGGUCUGAAUUGUUGAUUGUUCCUACUCAAAAUAUUCAAUAUCAAGAGUAUCACUCAAAAUAGUAAUUGAAUAAUACUCAUUGCAAAUCUUCUAAUUUAAGUAUAAACAACAUUUAAUUUAGUACAAUUUUUUUUUAUGGAUUCACUUGUACUGGGAGCAAACCAGCUUUUUAAGAGGUUGGAGUACAAUUUAGUCUUGUGACUUGAAAGUUGAGGGCAGUCAGUGCUGUAAAUUCAGGCUUUUAACAGGCAGUGAGGGAAGAGUAUCUGAUAAAGUCAACCUAACUGAUUAUGGAGGAUGUGCUGCUUUAGUACAGUGUUCUGCAUACAGAGAAGAAACUUCUCAUCGUACUCUUGGGAGCAGACCAAGUGUGUCCAGCAUUUUCUAUCAUGUACUUUAUUAUCUAGAAAUUAGCAUGUUCUCUGACCUGCUAGGUAAAGAUGAUAAUUUUCACAAGACAAGAAGAGGAAACAGGAUAAGAAAAAACUUGAUUGUUUAAAUGUUUCCUUUCAGUCUGCAGAUGAAACUAAAGUGGAAUGAGUAUCUUUAAAAAGGAUGAAAAUGUGGGUUUCUGCAAUGUGACAAGUAUAGUAUGUGGUUUUGUGUUUGUGUGGAAAAGUAAUUUAGUACAAGGCUUCAUAUCCAAAUUUGUAGAAGUGAUUUAUUCAACUGAAAUAUCCUUUCAGAAGAGAUAAAAAUAGCAUUGCAUUUUCACAUGAACAUUUAUUUGUUGAAAUGAUACCAUACCAAAAAUCUUUUCCACUGUUCUGUUUGAUAAACUGAAAUGGGAUGUUACCUGUAAUUGGAUGAAUCAUCAACUGUGGGAAUUGGCAUUAAUUUCUUUUGUUGUGACAAGUGAUACUGGUGUGAGAGAGGUCUCAAGAAGAAUACCAAAUACUUCUAAGUUGUUAGUCAUUGAAACGUAAUAAUGGUGGGGGUAACUAGGGAUUGUGAAACAGUAUGAGACUUACCUUGUUUAAAAUUUAACUUCAAUUAACCAGUGUAAAAUACUUAAACUAAUAAAAUGAACUCUGGUUAUAUUUCUGUUGGAAAAAGCCAAUUACUUUCUACCAAUAACUAUGUAUACUUUGGGACAGAAAUAAUAUUUAGAGUUCCUGAGGUACUUGGUAUACUGAGGUCACAUAUUGCUUCUCAAAUGAUUUAGCCAAAAAGGGCAAUACUAAAGUUUUAGGGAUGUGGUGCUUCUUCCUGGACUUGGUUCUCCAGUAUUAUUAAAACAUGCUGAAUGACUAAAUCAACCUUGUUUUAAGUUACACAGCUGUUAAUAUUUGCUUUUCUCUCCUGUGAGUCGGAGUAUAUAUCUAGAAGACCUUAAGGUGCUUGCUGCUAUGGUUGCCUUUGCUACAUUCUCUUCUUUCCUCUCCUUCAGUGACAUGUAAUCUUCUGUUGUCAUUUGGAAAUCACACAUUGCUUAUCUUCAAUCCUGUAUUUUGCAGUGCUGCGGUGUUCAAAUGUUGGUGUAGUGGUGCUCUCUAUCUGGUGUGAGGCUUUGUGAUGUUUUCUUAGCUUCUGUAGAAAGGCUGACUAACACUAGGGUGAUAAUGAGGCUUUUUGCAACGUGUUAAUUAAAUUUUAUAAAUGCAUGUUGAGUAAAUCCAGUGGAACCGGUUUUUGAAGUAAAAUACAAACACUACACACUCAGACUUCCUCCAUAAACAAAUGAUUGUGAUUCAUCUUGCAGUGUUUCAUGAAUUGUACGUUUCUUUCCUGGUUAGUUGUCUGUUCGAUGAACACAAGUUGGCUUGCACACUCUUAGUUUCAUGUUGCAUACAUUUCAUGUAUGUAACAGGUACUAAAAUGAUAUAUAAAACACUUUUCUAUUUUUGUUUCUUCUUUGAAGAUUCCUUUUAAGGCAAUACUGAGAUUCUCAAGAGUGAACAAUUUGUUAAACACGAGGGUGGAGUUGAUAAAACUGUACCGGCAGAGAUGCAUAUUUUCAUAUUUGGCACUGGUGUUCCCUACUUGAUGGCAAUCUACAAAUAUUUACAUACUGCAAAAGUAAAUGAGUUAUUGUGGUAGCUGUUGCUGUUUCUUGCUUUGACAGGAAGGAGUCCUGACUCUCCGUGUCAGAGUUCAGUCACAGACUAUACACACAUGUGUGGAGUGUUGCACACACAGCUUCUGCUAUAGCUGCCAUUUUGUCAUCUUGGAUGAAGUCUGUUCAGAUCUCCUUCUCCUUUUUUUGUUCCUGCUUAUUGUGCUUUAGAGUAUUAACUGCUAGUUAGAAAGGAGCACUUCCAUUUGUCAUUUAUUUUUCAGGGUCAAUGUUUCAGCAGUUUUUUCUUUGAACUGCCUAUGUGUUGUCCUUAGGACUUGUUUUGUACAGAGCAUGCAAGAUCUCAUGUGUGUCACACUGAGAGAUCAGGGGGCGCUAUGCAAGGUGGUCAGCGUUGUGCCAGGUACUGCACAGAUUGAACUCAGGGCAGGGAAGGGAUAUUCUGGGUUAGAGGAAGAUGGAUGUGCUGCCUGUGGCCCACUGAAGGUGUGUGUUUCUGUUCUGUGGAGCCAGAACACUGAAUGGUCUGGAGAGCUCUCCAUCCCUAAUGUUGGCCAGGAAAGGUCACCCAGGGCAUGAGGGAGCAGGUCGUAUUGAUGCACUAGAUCUGGGAGGAGGAGAGCUGAAGUUCUGUAUUUGCAGUGUGAUGUGGCUGGCCUGGUGGUCUAGGAACACUUCCUGCAUUUCAUUAAAUGCUAUAUAUGAAUUUGAUACUCUUAACAGGCACUAUAACAGCUGGAUGAGCUCUCUUGCAUAGUAAUAGUAUUGUUUUAAAGCAAGUGCCAGAUGUAGAGGCUUAUUGCCCACAGGCACUGAUCUGUUCAGCUGCUAAUAUCAGCUUUCUACUCUCUUGUUCUGUCUGCAGCAUGACUUUUCCCCUUGCUCCUUCAGAGGUUAUCCACCUCAGCAAACUGGUGCCUUGGCACUCUGAGGGCAUGUUGUGGUGCUGAUGGUCACAUUUAAGCUAUGGUUAGAUUUGCCCACCUUCCCUUCCCAUAAUAUCUGGAUUUACUUCUGUGCUGUGUCACAUCCAUAGAAAUCUUCCCUGAGCUGGUUGGAAAGAUCACUGUGCUUCUGAGAUGUUCAUAACAAAUCUGCAAAUUGUUGGAUGGGCUGUGAGUUUAACAGGAUGGGUGCUCAUUAGAGGUUUCAAAUUAAAAUGCUGACAAGCUGGAGCUGCUGCAUUGCACCUGUUGUGUUGGUGUUGCUGCUGUUGCAGCUGCUGCCUCUGUCUGUGCUGCUUGCUGCAAAGUGUGCAUCUCUUUAGGAGCUGAAGUUCCGGAGAACCGAACUGUGAACACUUUGGAGCAGUGAAUUGCCUUUCUGAAGUAUAACAACUACCAAUGAUAAUGGUCCACCAGGCCUUUGGAGCAUUACUACUGCAUGUUUAAUAAAUUAUAAACGAAAUAUAUUUUAGGGGAAUACCAAUAAUUUAAAGUUUCUGCUGCUUACUACAGGGGAUUCAGGGUUAUCUGUUUGGGUCCAUUUUCAGAUGUGUUGAAAGAACCAUUUACAUUUGCAGUCUAAAGAAGAGAGCCUUUUGCACCAAUGAAUGAUGCUUUCUUUCAUCGUAUUGUUCUCACUACAGUGCUUAAGCAAAAACCAUGUCAGAAGCAUUUCAUAGUUUAAAGGUUUGCAGGUUUCUGAUUCCUAUACUACCCUUAAAAUUUUUCACUCUUUCUAGCAUUUCCUGUGAUCCACAGGAAAGAUUAAAUGUAUUGGCAUAGAGAAACUUGUAGUGUAUUCUGUAGAUUUAUUUUGAACCCGUUUUCCAUCAGGCUUUUCUGUUUUAAUGUUCCCACCUGGAACAACAGUGCUAACGAACAUUGCCUUUUUUUAAAACACCUGUAAAAGCUGUCAGAUUUUAUUUUUGUGAGUGAUGGCUGUACAUGUACAAAAGCACAGUCACUGCCCAACAUGUUGGCGGUCUAAAUAAAACAAGAAGCAAACCAGAAGGGGUGGAGAAGAGGGGCCAUACAUACUUGUUUAUUUUUAGACAAGACUCAAUAGAUGGGUUUGGUGUAUUUUUUCAGGAUUAGAUUAGUGGUUGCUUUUUGGUGGUGGUGGUUGUCUUUUACAGGUUUGUAGUUUUGACCUGAGAUGUGCCUUUGUUUAGAACCAAUUCGACAUCCUUCAAGCAGCGAGAUAUCCAGACAAAAAGGAAUUUCAUCUAGUCCUUCUUUUGAGGAAAACGUAACAAGAAAAGAGCAGAGUGCAGGCAUACAGCAGAUCUUGUGCUGAAUGCCAGUUAGGAACAUCAUACCCUUAACAUGAAAUUGGGGGAUAUAAGCAGGACGUUGGCUGCAAGCUGUGAAAACUCUGAUGACUUUGAUGAGCUUGUGGUGAGUAACAAUGAUGUUGUGCUCAGAAAUAUCGCUGAAGAUUUGCGGAAUCGUUUACCCAUCGAGGCAAUGUUCACUUCAGAACAUCAGGCUGUUCAGAAAAUACACCAGCAUCCACUGCCCAUGAUUCAUGUUGAUGCAUUCCUUUAUGAUGAUGAUGUUGUUGAUUCAUUGUGUGAGGAGGGGAAAAUGAGUAGGAGCUACUGCACAGAGUGUGGCUCAUACAAAACUGCAUCUUUAGAGUUUAUUUCGCAUUCCUUUUCCCUCAUGGAACUGAAGUUUCUUUAUCACCAUGUACUGCCUGACCUGACAGGAAAGGUAGUGGUUGACGUUGGCUCCAGGCUUGGUGCAGUGCUAUUUGCGGGUUAUCUUUAUAGCUCAGCUUCCCAGCUGUAUGGAGUAGAAAUGAAUGCAGACUUUUGCCAGUUGCAAGAAAUUAUGAUUACAAAGUACGAGUUCAUUGACAGAGUAAAGGUGGUUCAUGCAGACAUCUGUACUCAGCCCUCACUUCUGCAGAAGGCUGAUGUUGUUGUAAUGAAUAAUGUCUUUGAAUAUUUUCUUGACAGACAGGAACAGGCCAGAGCUUGGGAAUUUAUUGCUUGUAAUGUAAGGAAAAGAGGGUCCUUGUUAGUGACAGUUCCAAGUCUUGAGGAAUCACUUUCAAAGCUCCAGACAGAUGUACAGCUCAGUCAAUGGGUUGAAGAGGUGCAGCUGAACUAUGAUGUGUAUAUGGAAAAGGAUGUUGACAGAGAAGCGCUCGAACAGAUUCAUUUAUACAAGAUUCUCUAGUGCCUGGAAAAAUUUACUAGUAUUCUUAUAUAUUUUGGGCCUAAAAUGAACUUGGAUUGAUUUGUGUGAAUAAAUCAGGUCAAAAUUAAUACUGUGGUUAAUUUGAGUGAUAUAUGUGGUUUUUAAUUAAAAAGAGUCUUUUGAAACAGGUUUUCUUACUGAGGCAUUUUGUCUCAACAGGCUAUUUUGACUUUUAAUUUAGGUGAUAGCCUCAUGGUUUAUUUUUUGCAUAAAUGUUAAAAACAGCAUCUAUAUAGCAACACUAAAAGAACUUUUGGUCAUCAGUAGUAUUAUGCACUGCCAAUAUUUGCUAAAUACAUCAAACCUAAGAACAGUGAAUCCUUAUUGAUGUGGAUGAUAAGAAUGCAUUUAGCGUAAUGUUACAUAAAAGCUGUAGUGCUGUUUCAUUUUGAUAUAAAGCAUUUUUUCUUAUCAGUAACAAUAUUUAUUAACAGCAUUAUCUUUGGUGUUCCUCCUGUGGAAUUUUUAGGUUUUCUCUCCAGGUUCUGCUUGAUAACCAGAUUAUCUACAGGCAUAUGUUAUGAGGGAGGCAAGUUCAUCCGUUUAGUUAGUUGUCCUUAAGGUGGGUAUUAAUAUAAAAUAGUGAAGGACACCGAGGAGCCAUGGAGAAUUAAUACAGCAAAUCCAGGAUGAUGGAACUCUUUUCCUGCACUUCUUCUGUGGAUGGUAGGAGGUGUAAUAAGGGGUUAAGAAGCUGAAAAUUCUGAACAGGUGUCAUGGCUUAGCAGAGGCUUGGUGGUGGCGUAAAACAGUGGAAAUUCGUAACAGAGCCUCCUCAGAGAGAAAAGAUCCACAUACGCCCACCACAUUUAUAUUUAGAUUUUACGUUCUAAGGAUGUAAAGCUUUUAGUCAGCUGAAGAAUGUUUUGGGUUUUAGCAAACAUUAACAAUCCCAAGUGCAAAAAUACUAUCUUCAGGAGUUUUGGACUAAGCAUGUUGUGAAUUUAGAAGCAUUGUUAAAAAGUUUGCUGCACAACUUAUGUCUAGUGUAAAUGGGAAAACAUUAAAUUGGAUUUCAGUCUUCAAAUGAUGUACAGGUCCGUGACUUUGAUAGUAUGUGCUGUAAGCAAAAAGGAUCAGUGGCCUUUAGGCACUCACCAACUCUGUAAAUAAAUGGGACUGUAGAAAGGAUAGUGAGUUUUAAGAAGUCUUACUUUCAUGUCCUGUUCAGAGUGGCAGAGGAUGUUUUAACUUGAGUGAUGCUGAACCACUGCUCAAAUACUGUGUUGAAUCUAUUCUUCAUGUGUUUAAAAAUGUAAAAAGAUGGAAAGCUUUUCUUAAAACA